AUGGCCUUGGUGCUCUCUCUACUCAUGGCCCUGGUGCUGGUCAGCUAUGGCCCAGGAGGAUCCCUGGGCUGUGACCUGUCUAAGAACCACGUGCUGGUUGGCAGGAAGAACCUCAGGUUCCUGGGCCAAAUGGGGAAACUCUCCCCUCGCUUCUGUCUGCAGGAGAGAAAAGACUUCGCUUUCCCCCAGGAGAUGGUGGAGGGCGGCCAGCUCCAGGAGGCCCAGGCCAUCUCUGUCCUCCACGAGAUGCUCCAGCAGAGCUUCAACCUCUUCCACACAGAGCGCUCCUCUGAUGCCUGGAACACCACCCUCCUGGAGAAGCUCCGCACUGGACUCCAUCAGCAGCUGGACCACCUGGACUCCUGUCUGGUGCAGGUGACUGGAGAGAAAGGCUCUGCCCUGGGAAGGAUGGGCCCCACUGUGGCCGUGAAGAGGUACUUCCAGGGCAUCCGUGUCUACCUGCAAGAGAAGGGAUACAGCAACUGCGCCUGGGAAAUUGUCAGAAUGGAAAUCAGGAGAUCCUUGUCUUCAUCAGUCAGCUUGCAAGAAAGGUUAAGAAUGAUGGAUGGAGACCUGAGCUCACCUUGA